GAAUUUCAUUCGUCAAUGUGAGGAAAGAGGGGCGUGAUCACGACGGACGGCGGAGAGCCGCGCUGCGGGAGGAGCGAGCAGCGUGUUUCCGGUAAGGGCGACACAACAGUGCCACUGGAAACGUUCUGGAGUCGUCUAUCGAGCGGUGCGGAACACACGCGGCAAUGGAAGCCGAGUUUCGGGAAAUCGAUGAGCUCGGGAACUGGAACGCCGUUUACCAGGAGAUUAGGCAGCAGUCCAGUGACCUACCAUGCAAGAUCGCCAAACUUCAAGAAAACAGAAGUCGUAAUCGCUACAGAGAUGUCAGUCCGUUUGACCACAGCCGUAUUCGUCUACAGAUCGGCAGUAAUGACUACAUCAAUGCCAGUCUGAUCUCAGUGGAUGAAGCUCAGAGAAACUACAUACUAACUCAGGGUCCGUUACCAAACACCUGUGGUCAUUUCUGGGAGAUGGUGUGGGAGCAGCGCUGCCGAGGGGUUGUGAUGCUGAAUCGUGUUAUAGAGAAAGGCUCGAUAAAGUGUGCUCAGUAUUGGCCUCAGCGAGAGGAGAGGGAGGGUGUUUUUGAAGACACAAAUUUCAGACUUACUCUGAUCUCAGAGGAUGUGAAAUCGUACUAUACAGUACGACAGCUGGAGCUGGAAAAUCUGUCGACACAGGAAACACGGGAAAUUCUUCAAUUCCAUUACACCACAUGGCCAGAUUUUGGUGUGCCAGAGUCGCCUGCAUCUUUUCUCAACUUCCUGUUCAAAGUGCGUGAGUCGGGCUGUCUGAGUCCAGAGCACGGCCCUGUUGUGGUCCACUGCAGCGCUGGUAUCGGCCGCUCUGGAACGUUCUGCCUUGUAGACACCUGCCUUCUACUGAUGUCUCAGAGGAAAGAUCCAACAUCAGUACGAAUACAGCAGGUUUUGCUGGAAAUGCGACAAUACCGCAUGGGUCUGAUCCAGACAGCCGACCAGCUGCGUUUCUCUUACCUCGCCGUCAUAGAGGGUGCCAAGUACAUAAUGGGAGACACGUCUGUACAGGAGUCAUGGAAGGAGUUAUCAAAUGAGGAGGAUCUUCCCCCCGAAUUCACUCCUCCUCCCAGACCAAGGCCCCGAAUAGACCCCCCAAAUGGCAAAGGAGAUCUGGUGAACUCUGACACCACACACUUCUUCAGUGAAAUAAUAAAAAACAAUGCAGAAAUCUGUGCAAACAGUGCGCCCCAGACAUUCACAGAUGGGCAAAAGCUUCGCAAACGGGCAGUUGCAACCUGUGACCUCAGAGCGAUGGAGUUGUUAAGUGAACCUGAUGAACCAAUUGUCGCAAGAGAAGCCCCUCCCAAACCUGCACGGUCUCCACCCAGUUCUCCGCCCAAGACUCCCACAGAAGAGGCCGCUCCUGUUGCUGCCAAUGGAGCGUGGAGCCCCCUGCUGACCAGUGUGUUUGUGUGCACGGUACUGGCUGUAGGUGCUUAUGCCUGUUACCACACCUAUUUCCACUGAUGCCCUCUUUUUCCCCAUCCGUCUCUUUCUCUAUUCCUCCAUGUGCUGGCUAUUGGUGGGAAAAGAAAAAGAGAGACACUCAGACAUUCACACUUUCUCAGCUGGACCCGUCUCACUCUCUCCGAACGUCUUUGGGAAAGAGUUUCAAAGACUUUUCUUAGCCAAACUGCUGUCGUCUCCCUAUAUACACACACUCUUACACACAAUCUAAUAAACACGUGUCCGUUUAAAACC